AUGACAAAAACGUUUACAGGUAUAUGUGUUUCUAUAACGUUAUGUUUUUCUAUACUUGUUGUGUUAAUUGUUACUUGUAUGGUUGAUAAUAAAUCAUCUGCUACUAUUCAAUUGAACACAAACCCUAUAAUAAAACCAAGAAUUAAAUCAAAAUACGAAGAUAAAUUAUUUAACCUCUAUAACUUUAAUUAUUCUGGAGAAUGUGCAGUUCCAUUUAAAUAUAAACCCAAUAAUAAAAGAGAUUUAUUGAUUUAUGGAGUGUAUUUUUCUGAUAAAAGAAAGUGGAAUAAACAACAACAAACAACAUUACAAACACUUUCACUAAAUCAAAACGGAAUUCCAAAUGCUACAAAAAUUUUGUUGUUAUGUGGAGAACCUCCAGAACCUAACUUUAGUUCAUUAAUGAAUUCAAAAGGAGUAGAAGUUAUUCCAGUAAAAGUUGAUUCGUUAUACAAUGGAGCAGUUCUUAGAUAUGUUAUAAUACAAAAAUAUCUUGAAGAAAACAAAGAAAAAUAUGAUCGAGUGUUUAUUGCAGAUCUUAGAGAUGUGGUUUUCUUUGAAGACGGAUUUGCUACCUUUUCAGACAAACAAUUAUAUUUAAGUAAAGAAUGUUCUAGAAAUGAUACUGGUAAUAUAAGUUGUGCUUCUCUAGCUUUGAACUUUCCAAAAAAAUGGAUGAGAGAAAGUGUUAGUGAAGAAGUUGCAGAAUUGUAUGCAGCGAAUAAAACAAAAAUUAUAAAUUCAGGAACAAUUUUUGGUGGAAUUGAACAAGUUCUUCAUUUCCUUCAAAUAUUUACUUCUCAAUUUAAUUAUCAAAGAGUUAAUAUAUGGGGCUAUGAUCAGUCAUUGUUAAAUUAUAUGUAUUAUAGUGGUCAGUUUAAUUCAUUAAAUAUUACUAUAGCUACUUGUGAUCAAAUGUUUUGUUUUGAUUUAAGAAAUGGUUGCUAUUAUAAUAAAAAAGAAAAAUCAUUAACUGUGAGAGGAACUAACUGUUCACCAAUUAUUAGACAUAAAAUUGUAUUACGAAAUCCAAGCCUUUGUCUUUUCUAA